AUGGGAAGGUUUAGGUCAUCAUGUCAACAUGUCAGCUCCGUCCUGAAGUCCGCGCUUCAAGUCCUUCCGUCUUCGGCAACUCACGCGGCGGCUUCUUCUGACCCUGAGCACCACAUUCUCCGCCAGCGGUCGCGGCGGGUCCGUGCGAUUUUGCCGCGCGCUCGCGUGUCUUGUCUGCGCCAACCCGGUCGCAUCUUCCCUCCGCUCGACCAUGAGAUGAGCGCGAAGCGCGGUUUUGCUCGUUCAUUCUCCCACUACCUUCCGAAUCCACUUGCGUGCCAUGAUACACCCCUCCUCCUCUGUAUCACCCGCCUCAUCGCCGCAUUCCACAUCCUCAGGCCGUCCUCCUCCUCAGACUCUCGACUGUCGCUCCUUAAGGCCUCAACUCGAAGCUCGAAUGUUUCGACAAGGGUUUCCAUCCGCCGAGCGGGUUCUCGAGGUGUUCUCGCUCACCCUACCGACUCGUGAAGCAUUGUAUCUUCAUCCGCCGAGCAAGCUUAAGCCUAUUGUCAUGUCACCUUAAGCCUGCCCCGUCCCAUUUAUUUACAUGUCCCGAG